UAUCAACAAUCUUCCUGGAUACUCUCCGAUCUUAUGCGUCAAAUAUUGUUGGAGUCGGUAAUGUGACCAUCGGUUCUUUCUCACCAUGUUUUUCAUCUCGAAUCUGGGUAACAAGAUGGUGCUGUAGUUAUCACAUAGAUCCUUUGCAAUCUUAUGAUGACAAUCCUUGA